AUGAGUUACCCCUUCUCUGUCCCUAUCCUAUUACAUUUAGAAAGUUCAAGUCUAUUAAAAGUGAUAAUUCUGUUAUUUUAAAUUCAGCUUUGUUUUCACUGUGGAAAAGCUUGAUUAAGUUGCAUAAUUUUUCUUGGAUAAAUUUUUUGGUGUAUUCCCUGUUAUUUUAUGUAGUAUAGAUUUGCAUUAUUCCUUUCUUAUAUGUUUUGUUAAGGUCAGUUGGUGGCAUGGCCAACAAGAAAUUAACUCGAGUAGGGUUACCACAGGAUCUGUGUGACCGGUUGAAUAGACAUCAGAUUGUUACUUGUCAGGAUUUCCUAUGUCUUUCCCCAUUGGAACUCAUGAAAAUGACUGGCCAGAGUUACCAGGGUGUCCGUGAGCUUCUUUACACAGUUAGCAGAGCCUGUGCCCCUCAAAUGCAAACUGCUUAUGGAAUGAAAUUUGAGAAAUCUAUUGAUCUUUCUUCAGCUUUCUUAGCCACAACUCUUACCAGCUUAGAUGAAGCCCUCCAUGGAGGUGUGCCUUGUGGCUCACUCACAGAGGUUACAGGUCCAUCAGGUUGUGGCAAAACCCAGUUUUGUAUGAUGAUGAGUGUUUUAACUACGUUGCCCACAGUUAUGGGAGGAUUAGAAGGGUCUGUUAUAUAUAUUGACACAGAAUCAGCAUUUAGUGCAGAAAGAUUAAUCAGGAUAGCAGAAUUCCGUUUCCCCAGCUUUUUCAACACUGGUGAAAAAUUACUUUCAAUGAGCAGUAAAAUUCAUUUGUAUCAGGAACUUACUUGCAACGAUGUACUAAAAAGGAUUGAAUCUUUGGAGGAAGAAAUUAUCUCCAAUGGAGUUAAACUUUUGAUUAUUGAUUCUGUUGCUUCUGUGGUCAGAAAGGAGUUUGAUACACAACUUCAAGGGAAUAUGAGAGAGAGAAGUAAUUUUUUGGCAAGAGAAGCAUCAUUAUUGAAGUAUUUGGCUGAGGAAUUUUCAAUAAUAGUUAUCUUGACGAAUCAAAUUACAACUCAUCCGAGCAGAGACCUCACUACUCAGGCAGACCUGGUGUCUCCAGCCGAUGAUUUGUCCCUGUGGGGAGGUGCUUCUGGAUCCAGUUGUGUGAUGGCUGCUCUGGGGAACACUUGGAGUCACAGUGUCAACACCAGAUUGAUUCUUCGGUAUCUUGACUCAAAGAGAAGACAGAUUGUCAUUGCCAAGUCUCCACUUGCUCCAUUCUCUGUGUUCAAUUAUACCAUCGAGGAAGCUGGUCUGGUUCUUCAAGAUGCUGAAGGAAACUAAAUGCUUUCAAGAUUCUACGUUUUGGUUCCCUUAACGACUUCUAAGAACUGAAGUAAGCAGAACCAGAAAAACAAUAUGCACAAUAUUACACUGUAAAUGAAAAAAGCAAAAAAUAAAGUGACCACUGUGUAAUUAUCCUGACCAAGCUUGACCUUAGAAAAGAGUUUAUAAAAUUCUCUUCCAUCCUUCCUUUGCAGAAGAGAUGAACUAUGAAUGAGGAAUAUUGAAUUUACUAUCAGAUGUGGUGGUUGAAUUUGCUGAACUACUUUUAUUCUUUUGGUCCCUUCUUUGUUAUAAGGGAAGCUCAUCAGUUAGGAAGGGUAGAGGGAAAUAUCAGGUAUUAAAUGAGUUAUAAAAAUAAAAGCAUUAUGUGUAUAUAUAUAAAAAUUUUAAAUUAUAUAUAUUUCUGAAGAAGAGACUCAGUCAUCCCAUCCUGAUUUUGACUCUGUUCAGACAAGAUCACUGUUCUAGACUGAACCAAAGGCUAAGAAAACUAAGGGCUGAGAAAAGCAAGAAGAGUUAUGGUUCCUAAGUGAUCAAGAGAGCUCAUCAAGAAAAUUCUGAGUUGCAGAUAGAAACACUCUGAAUUGAGUUUUAGAAGAAAGUAGAAAUGUCAAAAUUUAACAGGGACAAAUAUAAAAUCUUACCUUUAGAUUCAAGAAAUCUCAUUCCUUAAACACAAUGGUUUUUUUCUCUGUAUUCCUUUCUCCAUUUACUAUAGAUUCUUCAUUGACAUCUCCCAUGCACUCCCCUUAUUCACAAUAAAAAUACUUAAAUGAUGAAAAAGCUAUAAUUAAUCACUGUUUUAUAUGAAAGAUUAGGGAUCUUAAACCAGGAGUUAGAAACAACCAAAAGAAAUGGGGAGAUCAUGUACAAAUUGCCUACCAUUAAAAAAGACAGAGGAGUACAGGGAGUUAAA